AGCGAGGCCAGGCACGCGCGGAAAUAGACGCUCGCGUAAGAGCAGAGCGGUGACAGCUGACAGGCGGAAGUGACGUGUUCUCCCUGCGACUGAGCGUGGAGUGUGAAGAGUCGUCCUCGCGCAUGUUCCAAAGAUGGGAGUACUAAGCAAUCUUGUACGAGGUCUGGUGCGUGGGGCCGACAGAAUGGCUGCUACUACGAGCAAACGAGGACCCAAAUCGUACAACAACAAGGCGAGAGGUGUCCAGAAGGCCGGCUUCCUGACCUCCAGCGGCAAAUUUAUCAAAGUGAGAGAAAUGAUUCCGGAGUUCGUGGUCCCCGAUCUAACCGGCUUUAAACUGAAACCGUAUGUAUCUUACAAAGCUCCGCCGGGCAGCGAGGAGCCGAUGACCGCCAAGAGACUCUUUACAGAAACCGUCGCCGGACAGAUAGAAAAAGACAUUAAAGACGGGAACUUCGAUCCAGAGAACCUGCAGAAAUACGGGUUUGAACCAUCUCAGAAGGAAAAGCUGGUGCAGCUGUAUCCUAAAAACUACGUCCAAUAACAUUCCGAUAGGGAAUUGUACGUUAUCCUUCAGAAACCGCGAAGAGCCCUCCUGUAACGCAAACCUUUUCUAAAUAAACGACCCGUAAAGGACUGUGCACUCCGGUGGUCUUUAUUCAUAAAAUAGAUGUCUUGUGAUACAGUAACGUUUCUAGGGUGUGAAACAUGAUUUCAUUUAUAAGACUUGCUGUACAAGCUGGUGUUUAGCAUCAAAGCUACGUUCUGGCAGCCAUGAUGAAUUAACUGUUUAGGUGCCAGAAGAUACAAUGCAUUGAUGGUGCUCUAGAAAGAAAAUCUUAAACCAUUAAAAAAAGGUGGCUUUUAAGUCAGAAAAA